AUGAGGCUGCUACACUGGUGCAUGCUGGGAGUCACUGUGCUGCUGCUGAUGUGUGGGGUGGUCAUCAGUCACCUGUGUCGGUGCCUCAUCACCAUGGUGGACGCAUUCCAGACACUCUUCAUCCUCAUGCACAUUGCUCUUCCUCUUCCUGAGACUGCAGCCUCCGGCAAACCUCCGCCGUCCUCCUCCGCCUCCUCCGCCUCGCCUCCGCAAGCCGAUCUCCCCUCUUCCUCAGUAGCCGGACUGCUCCUCAAAUCUCCACCUGCCAACCAGGCCGGGGCUGUGUCAGAUCAGCCGCUCACAGCUCCGGCCGGCCAUGCUGCAGAUUUAUUGGUCGACCAGAACCAACAGUCCCCCCCAAACAUCCCUCCUGCUGCCUCAAACUGUGGCCUGUCCUACUCCAGGAGCAGGAUCCAGGCCGUGGGGAUCUUCCUUUCCGCCCUCCUCUUGACCUCUUUGUGCACCUCGUACUUAAUGGAAAUCAUUAGUGCUUUUCUAAAUCCACACGAGGUGCAGCAGCCGCUGCUGCUGGUGGUGCUGGGAGCUGUCAGUCUGCUCCAGAAGAUGCUGGUGUUUGGCCUGAACUGGGAUCAUCUGCAGGAUGAGCAGGCUGGAGGCGGGGAAGAGCCCCAGGAUUACUCUGGGCUUCAAGUACAGCACAAAGUCUUAGCUGAAGAGGAAUCCGUGAGGCGACAGGAACACGAACACAAAGACGACUCGCUCCACGGUAUUACCUUCUGUAAUCCACAAUCCUCCAGCAUCCCUGACUGUGACGCCCAAACCCCGCAGCAGGACCCCGAGGGCCUCCUGCCAGAGAACAGAGCGGAGAGCAGCGACGCUUGCAGUGGAUCUGAAGCCUUUGUGGACUGGAAGAGAGUGCAUCACAAAGGGAGACAUGCGGCCAGCAGGCAGCAUCCAGUCUGCCGUCUGCCGUCCGUCUCCAUCCUCCAGGGUCUCUUCACGUCCGUCCUGGCUCUGAUCAACAGCCUGGUGGUGCUGCUGCUCGCCCCUCAGCUCCCACACAGCUCUGACGCCUGUCACCCUCUGGUCUACCUGGAUGCUGCUCUCGCUCUGCUGGCCGUCAUCACUCUGAUCGCCAGUACCUUGCCACAGGUGUACAGGUAUGGACUGCUGCUGCUUCAGGCCACGCCUCCGCACAUCUGUGUGUCUGACGUCGGGCGCAGGAUCGCGAGUGUGCCUGGAGUUCAGGCAGUGCACGACCUCCACCUGUGGCAGCUGAAUGAGUCCGCGGUGGUGGCCUCGGUGCACGUGCACUGCUACGCCGGGUUUCCAGCACACAGGAGUUCUGAUCUGAUGUCUCGAGUCACCAAGGUGCUGCAGAGCGUAGGCGUGAGCUGCUGCACCGUUCAGCCGGAGUUUGCCUGUGCGGCUGCGUCCUCAGCAGGCUCGAGUGUUGAUGCCUCCCCAGUCAUCCACAGAGAGGACCCCUCUCCUCCUCCUCACCUGACCUGCAGCCUGGCCUGCGGGAAGGACUGCUCAGACAGCAUGUGCUGCUCUCUUCCAGAGGAGGAGAUCCAGGGUGUAUUUGCACCACCAGGUGGAGAAACCAGAGAAGAACCUCAGACUCUGGUCAUCGAGAACACCUUCCUCUGA